CAACAACCUCUUGGCAUUGUUUGCACCACCUCUGCUUAAGAGUGCUUUCAGCUCAGUACUGCACGGAAUCAACAGAUCCGGCUCUUCUCAGCUCAUUAUCGUCUGGUGGAGAUGUCGUCUGCAGCUUUGCAGAAGAAAGUCGGCCAGCUAUUUGCGGUCGGCUUCCAUGGCCAGGAACCUAGUACUGAGAUCAAGACCCUGAUCCACGAAUAUGGAAUCGGAGGCGUUGUCCUCUUCAAGCGAAACAUUGCUGACGUCGCCCAACUCCGGGCUCUAACACUUGCUCUACAACGAGAGGCACGAUUAGCUGGCCACACUCAUCCUCUCUUCAUUGGCAUCGACCAGGAGAACGGAUGGGUCACCAGAAUCUCACCCCCAAUGGCCUCUCAGUUGCCGGGGCCUAUGGCUCUGGGCGCCACCAAUUCCCCCGACUUGGCCUACAAGGUCGGAAUGGCAACAGGCCAAUUGCUGAAGCACGUUGGCGUUAACAUGAAUUACGGUCCUGUCUGCGACAUCAACUCCGAGCCGUUGAACCCCGUCAUCGGCGUUCGCAGUCCCGGCGACGAUCCAGAAUUCGUCGGUCGUUUCGCAAGCGCCAUCGCCCGGGGUCAGCGCCAGCACAACAUUAUCUCCUGCGUCAAGCACUUCCCUGGGCAUGGAGAUACUGCGACCGACUCCCACUAUGGUCUUCCUGUGAUAUCCAAGACGCGGGACCAACUAGAGCGAUGCGAGCUAGUGCCCUUCCGGCGCGCGACAGCCGAGGGAAUCGAGGCUGUUAUGACAGCACACAUCUCCCUUCCAGGCUUGGGAAAUAGCAACCUACCGGCCACCCUUUCACCAGAAGUAUUGAGAAUUUUGCGAACGGAUAUGAACUAUGAUGGUAUGAUUAUCACAGACUGCCUCGAAAUGGACGGCAUUCGUGCCACAUACGGGACUGAAGAAGGCUCCGUUCUCGCCCUUGCGGCUGGCAGCGAUAGUUUCAUGAUCUGCCAUACAUAUGGAGUCCAAGUUGCGUCGGUUCGCCGUGUCUGUGAGGCUGUCGGAGCAGGACGGAUUCCGAUGACUAGACUGGAGGAGGCGUAUCGACAUGUGACCCAGCUAAAACAGAACCUCCUUAGCUGGGAGGAGGCGCUGCGAGUCGAUGAAGCUUUUGAAUCGAAGUUACGUGAACUCGACCUGCAAAAUCGUCAGCUGGCCGAUGCUGCCUAUGCUAGAUCAGUAACUGUUGUUCGAGACGAUUCCAAGAUCCUGCCCGUCUCGGUGUCAAGCAAGGUCAUUUUCCUCUUCCCUGGAGACAAAAUCCCAUCUGGUGGCGCGGUAGAUGGAGAAGGGCUUGGACGCGUGGGAUCCUACAAUGGCUCCGUAUAUUUCGACGUGUUGAAGAGACACAACCCCAAUGUGACCGAGAUACGCUACGGAGAAGCAGGCUUGUCUACGGAGGAGUGGCGUCUCGUCGAGGCCGCGGACGUCGUGAUUCUCACCACGAUCAACGCGCGUGAAUCACCUUUCCAGAGGAAAAUGGGACGAGCGUUGCCUAGUCGUGCUCGUGCACUUAUAAGCAUCGCAGCCUGCAGUCCCUAUGACUUCCUCGAUGAGCCUACCAUUAGCACCUACAUCACCACGUACGAGCCAACACUCGAGGCAUUCACAGUUGCUGUAUCUGCGAUAUUCGGCGCUGCUCCUGCAACAGGCAGACUGCCAGUCGGUACCAAGGAGCAUCGACUAUCGAUCGAGCUCUCAUCCCUCGACGACCCCAAAGACCUCGAGCAGGUGCAUACCAUCUGGAACGCCGCCCUACCCACAUACCCACUCCCCCUGGAGAGCUUCCAGAAACUCCUCCCCCAGCCGCACGGCCACCACUUCGUCGCCCGCACCGGCAACACCAUCGUCGGCUUCUGUCUCACCUACACCCGCACCACCAACGACGACGACAAGAACGCCGCCUACCUCUCGGCCAUAGCCGUCACCCCAACCGCCCAAAACCAAGGUAUAGGUAACACGCUCAUACAAGAAGCCAUCGCCUGGUACACAACCACGGCCAAACCCAGAAUCACCCGCCUCGACCUCAGCAGCUCCUUCCCGCGCUUCUGGCCAGGCCUUCCCGACGACCUCCCACCACAAGUCACCCGCUUCUUCGAAACCCAGGGCUUCACCUUCACCACCCCACCGCCCCGCCACGUCGACCUCUACCGAACCAUCACCGACUUCCAGCUCGACGAGAAACACAUCGCCAAAGCCCAAGCCCAAGGCUACACCUUCGCGCCACUGCAACCAGAUCAAUACGAAGAAUGCAUCGCCGGCCAGAGAAAGAAUUUCUCACAUAACCAGGCCUGGGUCCAAACCUACAUAACACUGCACCCGCGAACCCACCCAAACAGCAUCAUGACGGCCUUCGACCCCAAAGGACACCAAAUCGGCUGGACCCUCAUGCUCGACCCUUCGUCAUCAGUCCUACAAUCGCAAUGGGCACUCCCACCCGCCUGCAGCACCAGCAGUAGUAGUAGCAGCACAACGGGUCUGAUCGGGUGCGUGGGCGUGGACGCGGAACACCGAGGGAAGGGCGUCGGGGUGGCGAUGCUGGCGCACGCGCUGGCGCAUCUUCGGGGCCGCGGGGUGCACGGCGUAAUGGUCGACUGGGUGGUGGUUGAGGGGUUUUAUGAGUCGCUUGGGUUCGAGGUGUGGAGGGCGUAUCGGUUGGGGUCGGCUCGGAUCUAG